GGUGACGCAGUGAACAAGCGAGCUUGCGUGCACACACCACCAUCCUGUUCGUCGCGCCGACACAAGACCUUCGUGCCAUUCACACCGACUACGACAAGCAAGCAACUAAGCAAAGCAAACACAGCAGGCAAAGCACCACGAGGCAGCAAAGCAGGGUCUCACAAGCACGGCAACAAGAAGGGAAGAACACAAAGAGUUGUUUGAUUUGGCAGCGGCGAUAUGGACCAGCGCCUGAUUGUACUGCACCGCCGUGCUUCGGACAUCUUCCACGAAGCAGACCGUGACGGCAAUGGUUGGCUGUCCAAGAAGGAGCUCAAGCGCGUCAUUCAUGGCAAUGACUACAUUCGUUUUGAGCUGCGCACCGCGGGCGGUCGCCCAUGGAAGGACUUCUGGGCUGAGCUCGACGUCGAUGGGGACGGAAAGAUCGAAGAGCAAGAACUGAUCAAUUACCUUACCAAGGUACAAGUUGAAAAGACGAAUGACUCCCUCGAUACGGUCAAGGACUUGGCUAGGGAGAUCUUUGAGCGUGCCGAUCGCGACGGCAACGGCGUGCUGUCCAAGAGGGAGCUGAAGCGUGUGCUGCACGAGGACGACGACCUGCGUGACGAGCUGCGUGCUGCUCACGGGCGCCACUGGAAGGACUUCUGGACCGAGCUCGACGCCAACGGCGAUGGGCAGAUUGAGUUUGAGGAGCUUGUGGAGUACAUUGACAAGGCGCACAAGCAGCACGUGGACAAUGCAGUUGCGUCGGCUGCAGAGGCCCGCAGCAACCCUGCAGCAGCUGAGGAGAAGGCGGACAAGGGCACAGAUGAGACAUCGACCGGUGGGGAGUCGACCGCCCGCACCGACGAGACGUUUGGGGAGCGGCUUGCACGCAUGCGUGCCCACGUGCGCGACAUCUUUGAGCGGGCGGACCGGGACAAGAACGGGUGGCUGUCGAAGAAGGAGCUGAAGCGUGUGCUGCACGAGGACGAUGACCUUCGGUAUGAGCUGCGCACGUCUGGCGGGCCGUCCGUGGAAAGAGUUCUGGGCUGA